AUGGCCGUCAUGAGUCUCCGAUGGCUGGCCGCUGCCGCCGUCUGCGUUCCCGCCGUGUCUGCUGGCAUGGGGCGUGAGCAGGUCGCCGCUGGCGGUCCCAUCCAGACACCCGCCCCCGAAGCUUCAAGGACUCCGGUGGUUCACCUUGAAACGGCCUCGCGUGCUCACGGCGGCGCCCUGGCCGCCCGCGCUCUCCUGGGGCCCAGAAGCGCGACACCAACCACCUGCCGGCUACGUGGAUGGAAAAUUUUCACCGUUUCAUGUCUCUACAACACCGAGGCUUCUGCCGUCGGCUUGGCCUGCUUGACCCACGGACUGCCUGAUCUACACGGCCUGCCUGCCGUAUGCCUCUACCGACGUCACGACUCGCACCGGACUUUGACAGCGAGGAGGACCCGGGUCUGGUACCGACCAAGCUUCCUCCCUGGGGAUUUCUGGGUGUGGCGGCCACUUGACCCUUCAUUCCCAGCACUGACUCCGACUUGCCGUCUUGCGCUGUCCUUCUCGUACCGCCGACCCCAAGCGGCUCCGGCUGUCGGGGCUUCACCAUUCCCGACCUGCGACACCGCGGCAAAGACGUACACCAAAUGUAAUUUCUCAUACUCCGACCGGGGGGAAGAAGGUUCGAGCGCGCGCGAGACCUCCCAGCGGCUGAACGAUGCCGAGGUUUCAUCCGACCGCCGCCGCCGGCCCGAGGUCUUCCUUCCCUCCACGGAAACCCUCCCUUCUCCCUCUACCGACGACGACGAUUGGCAACCAAUUCCCCGGCGUGAGGACCAGCGCCGCGACCAGACAAGACUCUCCCGGAAACUUCUGGGUGUGGCUGCCACUACGACCUUCAUUCCCAGCACUGACUCCGACGUCUGCCGUCUUGCGCUGAGUCCUUUCCCCCCGCGCUCGGCCUCCUCGGCCUCGGCAUCUUCUUCCUCUUGCGCCGCAAGAACAAGAACAAUCCGCCCUCCCCCCCCCAUGACCGCCGCCCACGCCGGACCCCCCGGCGGUCCCGGCUUCAUGGGCGGCCCGCCCGGCGGUCCCCACGGCCUGGCCCCGCCCUACGGCAGCCCCAACCCGCAGCAGCACACCCCGCCGCCCGACAUGGCCGCCAUGGCGCCCCCCGGAGGCGCCUACGACCCGCGCUACAGCAUGGCCAACCCCUCCGCCAGCCCCGUCCACUCCAUGGCACCCGCCCCCGGGCCCAAGAUGAGGCCCCCCACAAUGAAGCGUCUCGCCCAACAACCACCCCGGGCCCCCGUCUACCCGCCCCACCAUGCAAGGCACACCGCCGCCCCAGCACCCAGUAUCCCCCGCAGCAGCAGCAGCAGCCCUUACAACAUGGGCCCUACGCCCGGCCGCCCCCCGCAAAACGGCGGCUAUGUGCCCUAUCCCUGGGCCCCGUCCAUGGACCAGAAACAUGCCCCUGUGGAAUUCGCCCACGCAGAAGGGGGGAUGGGCAAGUCUCAUGGAGUUGUCGUAAAAGAAGGGCCACUAGGGAGGGGGGUGGGGGGUGGUGUUGGGGAUUUUGGGGAAGGCGGCAGUUGGGUUUCGGGUUGA